AUGGGUAUGGCCUUCUAUGGCCGCAGUUUCACUCUCGCAUCCUCCUCUUGCACCGAGCCUAGGUGCCCAUAUCUUUCCACCGGAGAUGCUGGUGACUGCAGUGAUACAGCCGGUGUUUUGUUCAACAGCGAGAUCGAGGCUAUCAUCAGUGAUAACGACUUAACUCCGAAGCUCUACAAGGACGCUGCCAUCAAGGCCAUUAACUGGAACAGCGACCAGUGGGUCUCCUCACACACUUUCUCCAAGGGGCUAGCGGCCGCCCUAGGCAAUGAAAUAAAUUUGAACACGACGACCGGACUGACCUCGGCCACGUUCCUCCUCGAGAAGUCUGCUACCAUCACCUCCACUUCCACACCCAGCCAGGGCUCGUACUGCCGCUUCAUCAACUGCGGAGAUGUCUGUCCUAGUGGCUACAAGGUCAUCACGCGCGAAGACAAGACCUCCCAGCUCAUGCUUGACAGCACUGAGUGCCCGUCCGGGUACGGACAGACACAAACACUCUGCUGCCCUUCAUCUUCGGACUUACCAACCUGCCAGUGGCGCGGCUUCCACAACAACGGCAAGUGCAAGGGCGGUUGUGACGACGGGGAGGCUGAGGUGGGCACCACCGGCGCCGGUUGUACCAAGUCGGGAUAUCAAUCAGCUUGCUGCUCUACCACCACCUCGACUGACCCCUGGUCCAAAUGUGCGUGGACGACCAGCUGCGAGAGUGACAAAACAUGCCCAUCAGGCUUCUCCAACUUCGUGGUAGGCUCGCGGAAUGGCUGGGGCGGUAUGCCCUCGUGCAAGGGCGAUAAAACGUACAAUUAUUGCUGCUCAGGCUCGUCGGUCCCGGAUGCCUUCACUAAUUGCGAGUGGAAGGGUCACGAGACGACCUUCGUUAACACCGCGUACUGCAGUGAUUCGUGUCCCUCUAGGUACAUCCGCGUCGCUGAACAGUCAAUCAACAUGUUUUUUGGAAACAACAUGAAGGGUCAUACUACCGACUGCAUUGCCGGGAACGAGGCCUACUGUUGCAAGGGAGCCACUGCCAAAGUCGCUCCUCGGUCUGAUACGAGCGAGCCGACCACCUAUCAGGAUCAGACGGCCAAGGACUUUGAUGCCUAUCUAAAAAAGUUCCUUGCUGACCCGGUAUGCCCCUUGACCUGGGAGGCCCAGUACAGCGCCACCUUUGGCGAUGACUAUGUCACCCGACGAAGCAUGAAUUACGUCAAUAGUAUUAAUGGCAGCAGCAGCAGCAGCACUGGCUUCAGUGUAGGAAAGGCCCGGAGAGACCUGGCGGACCAAGCCACUACGCUAAGCCUUCUGAUGCCAUUACUCCAAAGUUGGAUUACUUCCGAAGUCCCGCGUGAGGAUAUCAACCGUAUCUGGGAUCUGCGUUUGGAAGAGUAUGGGCUGGAGAACGAUGCUGCCAAUUCCUCGACCAUGAGGAAUGUUCUCUUUGGCUCCGUCGAUAGUUGGUCAGGAUCAUUCCUGUAUAGCCCGUCUUCGACCCUGUCUGAUGAGCUGUGCAACAUUGCCGAUUCGUCCCAAGGGUUAGACCGUCUCUAUGUCGCGUCAGAAUAUCUCUGCGAUGAUCCCAGUGAGGAUGAUGAUGAUUCCACACUGUCGACGCGAACUGUCACCGUGGUGGGCACCGACACCCGUUCAGAAAACAAUUGCUCCCCGUCUGUGAUGUAUGUCCUGCGAGGCAUUAUCAAUGGUGAACUCUCUCUCCACUAUCUCCGGUGGCUCCAGUCGACUUCCAGUGGCGGCAACGAGCUGAUCCUCGAGCUGGCCUUCUGGAUAGGAAGCACACCCGGCGUGGCGGAUUCAACCGCCCGGGCCAACUACGGGGAUCGCAGCCACACAGCAGGCACCGACCGAUGGAUCGUUAUGCACAUGCAUGUUCCGCUCGACGGACGUACCUUCAUGGGGGGUGACAAUAUUUUGUACAUGGGAGUCCGGAACAUGGGUAUUUAUCACAGUCAGGGUGUCUACCGUCCCCCUGCCGUCACCCCGGGAUAUCAGCGGGGAUACCGGGCUGAAUAUCGCUAUACAAGCUCCUACGCGGAGGGAAGAUAUAACACAGGCAAUCUUCAGAAUUACAAUUCCCGGACUGAUACAAUCGCUUGUCCUCGACAGCGCCGCGGCAACGCUGCACAGCGGUGGUAUGUUGGUCAGAAUCGGGACAGUAAUGUUCCUGGAACGGCUAGUUCAGAUGUGGACUAUGGCCAGUUGCUGAAUGACUUUGUACGUUCGCUUGAUUCUCGUGCAACAUGA